AGGGCUAGGCUAUUUAUUCACAAUUUUCAAUAAAAUAUGGUACAUUUUUGGGAAAUAGGCUUCAUCCAGUGAAUGAUUGAUGGUUUUUAUGGCCUCUAACGUACACGUACAGGUAAACCAACCAGGUAAAGUCAAGGGAUCUGCCGUCUGCAUACUAGGCCUGCAGCCUGUAUGAGUCACGGCUUCACGGCUCACCUGUGGCAGGUAGCAGCCAUGACUUCGUCAGACUCCACCCUACUGUUGACUCAAAGCCUCCGGAGAGCUGUCUCUGCGCACUGAGAAACACAGACAGGGAAGCGCCGACGCACGGGACCGAGUGUUCCAUUACCCCGCUUAUUUGAUUACUUAUUACAUAGUUCAGGACUGGAAGUAUCCUACCGCUUGUCCAUCGGUUCACCAUGAGUACCAUUGCAGCCUCCGAAAGCGUGUUUUUGUCCGCCUUACAGCCCCACACUUCAGUCACCACCUACGGCCUCCCCUCGGACGCACAGAUCGGCCAUGGCGGGACCACAGUGUCGGACGAGGCGGCCAGGGCCAGGAGGGUCCAGCAACAGGUCCAGAUGAGGCUGGCCGAGAAGUCCACCCUCCCUCGGCAGAAUGGCGGAGCAGGGGGGUACGCCAGCUCAGAAUACGGCGGCUCUUCCUCCGCCAAAUACCAGACGUACAACCCGGGCUACAGCUCCAAGUCCUUCGUGUACAACCCUGCCAAAGCCAUGGCUCCACGCAUGUCCCAGUACUCAGGCAGCAUGCCGCGGGGCUUCUCCACGCGCUCGGCCGUGGACCUGGGCCAGCUCAACAGGGUCAGCAUGGCGGGGGCAGGAAUCGGAGGUGGAGGUGGAGAAAGUGUGAUGUACCAGCAGAGGGACGUGGUGAUGGGGGGCUACCAGGGAGCCGGCCGGCAACAGAUGAGCAUCGGCCGAGGCGACCCGGAAAUAAUCUCCCUGCACUCCAUGCGGCCGCAGUCGGCCCACGUGAACUCCUGGAUUGUGGACGGCAGCGACGCGGGCAGCAUGGUGUCUGAGCGUGACGCCACCGUCUCCAGGCAGUACAGCCAAAAUGUCAGCAAUGGCUACAACACCCAGGUGAGGCAGACCAUGCAGGGGGGCGGCACCGCCUACCAGGCCCCCAUGCGGCGCUCCCUCAGCGGGACGCUGUCCCGCGGCACCAGCAUGGUGGGCGGAGGGGAGGCGGAGAUGGUCCAGCAGUCCCACUCCUACAAAGGCCCCGCCUACCGCACCAUCAGCAGGAUCAACAACCGCAACCGGGCCAGCAUGGGCUCGGUGUCAGGCGCCUCGACCCUGCAGCACCAGAUAUCCAGUGGGAGCGGCUACAUGGGGGGCGGGCAGGACAGAGGCUUUGUCCUGGGCGGGAUGGCCGGGUCCCAGGGCAACCUGAUGAUGAUGCAGCGUCCUGGCACCAUGUCCCGGGCCAUGUCGGUGAAGAGCAUGCACAGCGUGGGCCGGGGCAUGGACGUGUACGACGGAGACAUGGACCUACGGGGCAGCCUGGGGAACCUGAGCGGGAUCAACAAUCUGGACAUGCCCACCGCGGUGCAGUACCUGAGGGAGUCUGACCCCAACCUGCAAGUCCUGGGGGCGGCCUACAUCCAGCACGAGUGUUACAACAACAACGAUGCAAAACAAGAGGUGCGUCGCUGCAAGGGCGUUGGCGAGCUGGUGAAGCUGUUCAACUGUGACAACGAGGAGGUGCAGCGCUUCGCUACCGGCGCCACCAGGAACCUCAUCUAUGAGAACAUGGACAACAAGGUGGCCCUCAUCGACGAGGGGGGCAUCCCCCAGCUGGUGGAGGCCCUAAAGGAGACCGACGAAGAGCUGCGCAAGAACAUCACUGGCAUCCUGUGGAACCUGUCGUCCAAAGACAACCUGAAGGAAAAGCUGGCCAAGGAGACGCUGCCAGAGCUCACUGAGAAGAUCCUCGUCCCCCUGUGUGGCACCGCCGACGGGGACUCCAUCCAGCAUACCGCCUCCGAGGCAGACAUCUUCUACAACACCACCGGAUGCUUAAGGAACCUGAGCUCGGUGAACGAGAAGACUCGGCAGCAGAUGAGGGAGACCCACGGGCUGGUGGACUCCCUGGUCUGCUACAUCAAAUGCUCCCUGGAGGGCAACAAUCCAGAGGACAAGGGGGUUGAGAACGCGGUGUGUGUGCUCCGUAACCUGUCCUACCAGCUGUACAGCGAGCUGCCCCCCUCCGCCACCCUGCGCCUGGAGGGGCCCAGCCGGGCUAGCGACACCGGCAACGCAGAAGCCAUCGGCUGCUUCACCCCUAAGAGCCGGAAGGCCAAAAACAGGAAGGACAAGGACCUGUCCACCUUCACCGAGGUGGCCAGGGUGCCCAAGGGGAUGGAGUGGCUGUGGCACCCUCAGAUCGUGUCGCUGUACAACCGCAUUCUGCGCCAGUGUGAGAUCAACGCCAUCACGCGCGAGGCCGCCUGCGGAGCCCUGCAGAACAUCACCGCUGGGGACAAGAGGUGGGCGUCGGUGCUGAGCCGCGUGGCGUUGGAGCAGGAGCGCAUGCUGCCCGUGCUGAUGGAUCUCAUGCGCACCGACAGAGACCUGGAGCUGCGCUCGCUCACCGGCUUCCUGCGCAACCUGUCCCGCCACGCCAAGGACAAGAACGAUAUGGCCACCAAGAUGGUGAACAACCUGGUGUCCAAGCUGCCCGACGACGGUAACCAGAAGGAGCCCUCCAGCGAGGUGGUGGUCAACAUCUGUGGGAUCCUCAACAACCUGGUGACCAGCAGCUCCGUGGCCGCCAGAGACAUCUGCUUCUUCGAUGGGCUCACCAAGCUGGUGGGCAUCAAGAACUCCCACGACCACAGCGCGGGGAAGUUGAAAGCAGCCAAGGCCGCAGCCACGGUUCUUUCCAACAUGUUCCAGUACAAGAAACUGCACAAAGACUACAAAGGGAAAGGGUUUACGAGGCCAGACUUUGCCGAUUUGUCCAUCUGAUGAGAAGUAACGACUUCAGUAUGUAUAUAAUCAUCUGCGUCAAGGACUUGUUGACGGGAAUCUACUGGGUAGAGAGCAGGGACAUUCAACGUGCGUUCACUACAACAGGAUUUUUCAGCUGCAUUGGGAAAAACGAUGGACUGUGUGAAUAAAAUGGUAAUUAUAGAUAUGGUGUGCACCUUAACGAUUGACAUUUGUUAAACAUCGGUAAAAAAAAGAAAGAGAAUCAGGGAUUUUAUUUCCACCCUGUUCUCUCUCCCCCCCUUUCUCUCUACUGCUCUCUGUUUCUGUAUCAUCUUAGUUUUAUGUAUCCAAAUGAAAUGAUUGAGUAAAACAGUGAGGCCCGUUGUGUGUAAUCUCAUUCUCGUGUGAACACUCCCACGAGAAAACGAAAAAGACUCAGUGUCCCAUCUCGUUACUGUUUACUCCACAACGCUGUGAUAGGGCCUCUAACUAGCAUUUUAUAAAUCCUAAUAUAAAUAGCGUCCCUUGUCUCAGUUAUUUUGUAAAAAGUGCUUUGUUAAAUAAAUGAAAUAGUAAAAGAAUAAAAAUAAAGAAAAUAUAUAUACUAGUGGGCGUGUGUGGAUGUAUAGGCAUGUAGAAAAUGACUUCUGUAAAUAUUUAGUCUUUUUAUAUGUUUUAGCAAUUAAAACUCAUUCUUUAUACAAUUCUAUGCUGUUUAUCAUAAAGGUGACAUUUUUCAAAAACAUUAAUCCGUAAGACCCCAAUUUUCAUAUCUUGAAACCUAAGAUAAUGUUAAUGCAUAAAGGUGUAAGAAUUAUUCAGAAUGGUUGUGGUUUAAAGUCAUCAUGUGAACCAGCACAAUCUGCCAGCUCAUGUUUUAUGUACUCUGGCAGACCCACUGCAAAUUGUCCUGCGGAUGUUGGGAUAGUUUAACAUGCUCUGUUUUAAUGCUAACUAGAAUGUAUUUUGUUUGGUACUUAACAGGUUUUUAAGUGUCUGUUCGAUGUUUCAAUCUUGACAUACUUUGUAGAUUACAAUGACUUUAAUCGACAUGUUAUUGCAUGUAACAUGCAAAUGAAUGAAAUUCUUGUUUAAUCGCAAACAUUAAUCCAGAACUGCCGUGUUGAAAAUGUCACUGUAUGUAUUUCAGCAUUUGAAUUCAUAUCAUAUAUUAUCACAAGAUCAGAUGUAUUUAUUUUUAAUAAAGAACAUCAACCAA